AUGGUGAAAGAUUUACGUAUUGGCAAUCAUGUAGAAUUUACAUCACAUGAUGGAAAAAAUUUAAGUGGAGAAAUAUUGUUUUCUGAUGAAGUUUUAAAGUACUUCGUUAUUCAGCAACCUACGAAAAAAAAUGGCCACAAUGCUUUCGACGUUUAUCUUUUUCCUCACGACAGUGUGAAAGAAGUGCGGGUGACGAAGCAGAAUGGAAACGUUCGAUACCCCGAGAUCGAUCUUGACAAAGUGUCCGCACGCAGUCGAUCAAAUCAAAAAACUGCACAGGAGCGCUUAAAACUUUUUGAAGCUGGUGUUCCGAUGGAAGUCAGAGAUUUAUUUGAUGACUUAUCAAGGACUCUCCCGGCUUCUGAACAUUUACAAGUGCGAUGGAAAAACCCCUCCAUUCAUGUGCUGGAGUAUACUGUUAUCAAGCCUCCUUAUACUGCUGAAAGUGUGCAAGAAAAAACCGAUUCACAGAAAGCAAAACCAGAACGGGAUUACGUAAAGAAAUUAGUCGAAAAAUUCUACUCCGAGCGCAAAAAGUCCUUGUAG